AUGGUAGACUAUAUCCCAGGAAUUUCUACAACUCGACUCGCAGAUUUCUCAGAUAGAAUUUUUGAAAAAGACAAAAUAGUUCAAAUAUUAAUAGAUGCUGUUUCUAAGGUGUCCGGAGCACAAUACUUUCUAUCUACUUCAGUGUAUGAGCUUGAAUCACAAGUUUUUAACGUCUUGAAGCCAAAAUUCCCCUUCCCCAUCUACCCUAUUGGACCAAUUAGUAUUAAUCCUGAGUUUCAUCUUCAAAAUACUUCUAAUGACAAUACUAUCAUUAGUGGUACUGUCCCAGAGUAUGUACAGUGGUUAGAUUCUCAACCUGAAGCAUCUGUCUUGUAUAUCUCGUUUGGGAGUUUUCUUUCAGUUUCAAAUACCCAAUUGGAUGAAAUUGUGGCUGGCAUACGAACUAGUGGUGUAAGACACAUGUGGGUGGCACGUGACAAUGUGUCAAAGAUCAAAGAUGGUUGUGGCGAUGUGGGGUUUGUGGUGCCUUGGUGUGACCAAUUGAGGGUGUUGGGUCAUCCUUCUAUUGGUGGGUUUUGGACUCACUGUGGGUGGAAUUCUACUCUGGAAGCUAUUUUUGCUGGGGUUCCAAUGUUGACUUUUUCUAUAGCUGGGGACCAAAUUCUUAAUAGCAAGCAAAUUGUUGAGGAUUGGAAGAUUGGUUGGAAGGUAAAUAAUAAGAAGAUAAUAUGUGAAGAGACUGCUGAGAUAAAUUUAGUAAGGAGAGAUGAAAUUUCAGUACUUGUGAAAAGAUUUAUGGAUCCAGAAAAUAAUGAUAGGAAACUGAUGAGAGAAAGAGUCAAGGAACUUCAAAAAUCAUGUGAACUUGCUAUUACCAAAGGAGGCUCUUCCGACACAAAUAUUGAUGCUUUUAUUAGCCAGAUUUCGUGA